GGGAGCUGGCGGGAGGGCAGGAGCUGCUCUGGGAUGUUGUGUUGGGAAGCGGCACCUGCAAAGCAAACUGGGCCCCUCACCAUAACCUGGGGCCAAGUCAUAGCCCCAAGUUCAUUCUGUGGCCUUGGGUACGAAACUGUUUGGUGGCAGUGAGAGCAAUACUGCGCCAGCCUGACCCUGAGCUGUGCCUGCUCCCAGAUCAGGGCCCAGGGAUGGAGGCAGCGCCAGGCAGCACGUAGGGACACAAGGGCUUCAUGUUGCCCAUCCCCGUCCCAGAUGCAUCCUGCUCCAGGUGUCCACAUUAGUGAUCACAAGCCUUCCCAGCGCCCGGGCUGAGACCGUUGCAGACUCAUCACACAUGUGACACCACCAGCUACUGCCACAGCCCCACCUCGGGCCCUUUAAAUCCGCCCCGCCGUGGGCGGGGCCUCGCCCGGCGGCGCCAGCCAACCGGCGGCGGACCUGGAACAGAGGCCACGCCCCCGCGCCUUGUUUCCCUCCGCCCCUCCGUCCGCCGCUGCGUCGUCCGAACCGCCCAAUAGGAGGCGGGAAGACGCGCCCGCCGCCUCUGAUUGGCCGAUGGCCCGCCGCCGCCCGCGGGAAGAUGGCGGCGCCCAGAGGAAGGGGGUGCAGAGCGGGCCGCGGCUGAGGGGCCUGGCACCCCCAGCCCGGCCGCGGGACCGGGGGGCCCGCAGCGCCCCUCCCGCUGCGGCCGGGACCCCCCUGCGCCGAGCCGGCUUCCCUUGCUUCCCCCGGGGCCCCCCGGCCGUCACAGCCCUUCCCCGGGGCCCUCAACCCCCGAUUCCGCCAUCCCCGGCCCCCCCCCGGCCGUUGCAGCCCCUCCCCGGGGCCCCCAACCCCCACAGGCUCGGGGCCUGGCGCCCCCUCGCUGCCCCAGGCCCCCCUCUGCUCAUCCCCUUCCCCCGGGGCCAUUGGAGCCGCCUGCCCCCCAUCCCGGGGCUCCCCUUGCCCCAAAGCCCCCCCCCCCCCGCUAUUUCCAGUCCCUCUGUGGCCCCUCCGACGCGGGUCCCCCCUCGCCCCAGCCGGGACCUCCCCAGCGCCACCAUGGACCUGGUGUUCCUGCUGCUCCGCGGCCUGCGGCUGGCCUUGGACUUCCUGGGCUUCAUGCUGGACGUGAACUUCUUCCUGGUGUCGACGCUGCUGUGGCUGGUCGCCUUGAUCUACAACCUCCCCAGCGCCGUGGCGGCUGGCGCGGUCGCCUGCUGGAAUGGGCUGCUCCUCUGCCUGGCGUCCCUGGCUGAAGCGGCCUGCUGCCUGGUGCUGGGGCUCCUGCACAGCCUCGCCGGCCUGCUGCGCAGCUGCUGCUCCGGCCUGGAGGUGCUCAAGGUGGUGGGGCACCUCCUCUCUCACCUGGCACUGCGCAGCAAGGAGGUGCUGCACCGGGGGCUCUGCAACCUGCUCAGCUCUGGCCAGACCUUGGUGAGGCAGGUGUGCGAAGGCCUGGCCAUCUGCAUGAGCCUGCUGGCCUACUUCGUGAACAGCAUCAUCAACAUGUGCCUCCUGGGCAUGCAGAACCUCUUCACCUUGCUGGUGGCCCUGUGGGAUUCAAUCAUCAGCCCCUUCCUGCGAGUCACCGACCUCCUGGCCGCUUUCCUCGCACACGUCUCCAGCAGCGCCAUCGCCGUGUCCAUUCUGCUGUGGUCGCCCUGCCAGGUGGCCUUCGAGAUCCUGGCCUCAGUCACCAAGCUCUUGAUCAAAGUCUUCUUUGUGAAUAUCUACGGCCUGGUCUUGCUCAUCUUCAUUAUUGUCGUCAGCACUUUUGUGUUCAACCCCGGGCUGCUGUGGGCGCUGGCAGGCCACGCGCUCGGGUACUUGAACACGCUGCCGUCCUACCACCGCCUGCAGAGGGAUGCGUGGCGGCUCUAUCAGGUGGCGGUCCUGACGCUGGGCAUGGUCAUGACCUCCCAGGCCUGGCGCAGAUUGGUGGACUGGAGUCUGCAGGUGGCCGAUUGGAGUCUUCAGGUGGCCGAGUGGAGCAGGGGAGGCAGAACGAUGAACCAGGAGAGCAACCAGCGAGGGGCAGCCGGGCCUGCCCCGAGACCGGCAGCUCCUGGCCGAGGCGUGCUGACGGAGGGCAGCCAGCCGGCGGCUGGGGAGCACGAGGACCAGCUGGAUGAGGAGCAGGUACUGUGCGCACGUCCGGCUCUGAGCCGAAGCGCUGUUACGGGACAGCGUCUCCAGCCGCCCAGGGAAGAACCGAGCACCUCCUGGGCGAAAGCUCCGAGGAGAGAGCAGCUGAAUGCAGCAGCUGGGGAUGGUGAGGCUGCUCCAGACAAUGAUCCCUGGAUGCUCCUAAAGGAACAAGAGGAACGUAAGAAAUGUGUCAUCUGUCAAGACCAAACCAAGACAGUCCUGCUGCUGCCCUGCAGGCACCUGUGCCUGUGUCAGGAGUGCACGGAAGUCUUGCUCCAGCAGGCCAUCUACCAGCGCAACUGCCCUCUGUGUCGCCAGAUGAUCCUGCAGACGCUCAAUGUGUACUUGUGAGCCCAGAAGGGGGUAGCUUGGGCAGUUUUUCCAGAAGGUCGAGGACCAUCCUUGUUGCCGCAUCUCGUCCGGAAGCAGAAUCACUCUUCCCAAUGCUGCCUCGAGUUUUCCAAAGAGCUAAGGAUGGUGCUGAAAGGGGAAGAGGCUGCUGCGGGUGUCUGUUAGCCACACUUGUAAUGUAACUAGCCUGUAACUGUCGCUAGCAAGCACAAUAGCUGAUCUCUGCAGCAGGCCAAAAGAGUUAUCUUUUUCUGUUGACAUUGGCUGUUUCAGGGCCUGUUGCCUUGAGCUUAGAGCAGUUUGAAAUCCAAAGCAGAGCUCAGAAAGAUGCUCUGGUCCCUCCUAGCCAAAGCUGAUGGAAAGGUUAAAAGUUGUGCCUUCUGGGAAGCACAGGGGCUGCUGCAAGGCGAAGGAGGGUUUUGCUGCCAAGGUUUGGCCAGGAGCUGCCUGAAAACUGGCAGACUCCAUUCAUACUGCUCCUUCCCCUUCCCACCAACCCAACUCCCAGGGAAGGGAGAAGCAUGCCCCUUUUUGAGGCCCUAGGCAAGCCAUGAGCACACUCUAGUUUUUAGGCUUUGCUACCAAAGGGCUGAGCUUGGCUCCCACGUGGAGAACAGCAGGAUUUCUGGGGCCACAGCAGUUGCCACUGUGGCUUUGGGUCUUCCUCUUCCCCUUGCUGGGAUAGUGGGGAGCCGCGGAGAAUGCGGGCUCCCUGCAGGCCAGCUGACUGCAGAGCUCAGCGUUGCUGCCGCUUCCACGCGUCACCUAUGCAAGAAUAGCAAGCACGUACCAGGUUGCUCACACUGGGGCUGGGGGCGGGGGAUUACUCUUUCUGCAGGGGUAGCGGUGCCGCUCCGAGAGCCUGGGAGGUGGCCAUCGUUCACACGGCACUGCCCUAACCGCGGCAGUAGCAGUGCAAGUCUGAGCUAACGCUGGAGAAUCCUCCCUAGAUAAUACAGAUUUUACAGCCCAGUCUCCAGACUGGGACUGCCGAGGAGCGGGGUGGUUCGUAACGAAGCUUGGUGCCCCCGGGCUGGGCUGGCUAGAGGGAGCGGCCCCCCGGGAGGAGAGGAGACAGCCCAGUCCCGGGAGCCCACUAAGACAUUCCAGCUCCUGGUACAAGUGCUGCGCAUCUGCGCCGCGGAUCUGCAGCAGCACCAGGACCACAGCUGUAUUUGAUUAGAGCAAGGUUCCACUGCUGCUGUGUCUUUUACUGCCUGUCUGAAAUGUGAAAUGCAACUAAUUUUAUUUAAAAGUGUCCCCAGAAGUCAAACCAUGCCAUCACUGCUGGCUCGCGGGAGCUGAGGCCGCUCGUCCCGGCUUACUCAACCAGCACCAUUCCAAGAAAUUACUGGGCUCCAAGAGGGCCUUGCACUAAAAAACUCUCCCUUUUCCAGCUGCUUGCCUGGGGUCAGCCAUGCUCCACAGCCAAUUUUGGCUGGAGCACUUAAAUUGGAAAGAGCCUCAACUCCUAGAUCGCAAGCCAAGAGCCUGCAGGCGACUGGCGUGGUUUCCUCACUGCUCCCGUUAACUAAUAAUUGAUAAGUGAUCCAAGUCCAAGUGGAGGCAGCAACAAGGCCAGGCCAUGCUGGGAGAUGCCUCUUCGCUGCAAAGCUGGCCUGUGGCAAAGACAAGACACCAUCUUGUUCACGUGUGGCGCUGCUCCGGGGGCACUGCAGGGGCUGGUUCCCCAUGCGUUUGCUAAGGGCAGGAGGGGCUCCCUGGGCUGAAUUGGGCUCCUGAGGACUGACGGUGUGUUAGAAGGGCCUUUUCCCAGGGCUGUCACCUGCUUCCCCCCCACAUCCUGGGGUUGCAAAGCCCUGUGGCCUGGCCCUGUUGCUCAGCCCCUUGUCUUUGCCUUCCUGCUCACGCCACGGAUGUUAGCGUUCCCCAUCCCCAGCAACGCCUCCCGCGGCUGGGGCGGCCGAGCCCCCCGCAGCAGUGAGCACAGCCCCGCAGGCCACCUCCCUCCGGGAUCCCAACCCAGCCUGUCCGGGGAUCCUGCGGGGAUCCUCCCUCAAGAGGAGCCGGGCAGCCGGUGCCUGCCUGCUGCGCGCCUGCGGAGACAGCGGGGAGGGGGAUUGCUGGCUGCGCUCCUGGCUGCAGGCAGGAGUGUUUGGGUGGGGACAGCUCGUGGGUGCUGGGGCGCGGGUGCGUUUUUGGGGGAGGCGUUCCCCCGGUGCGUUUUUGGGGAAGGAAGGACACCUUCCCAGGACUGUAGUUUCUCCCUUCAAGCCCCGUUUCUAUUGUAGCAGUCACGCUUGUCUUUUUAGGGCCUGUUUGUUUGCUGUUUUUAAACAAAGAGAGAAAGCUUUGCCUUAAGGUUAACUCUUUGCACUAUGGACUAGAUACUGGGCAGAUUAAAGUCUCCUUUCCCAAAAA